UAUAUCCGAUGUUUCAAAUAAAAGAUUUCAAGUUUUCCUGCGAAGAUGGGGUGUAGGAAUCUCUAUUGUUUGGUCUCAUUAUCUGUUAUGGUCAACAGCUAUGAUUCCACAAGCAAGGCCCUAUUGCGACCAAUUCAACACCAUUUGUGAAGCCCCAACAACAACCCAACUUCUACUCUUAUAUUGUUCAUUGGGCCUAAUCUCUAUCGGAGCUGGUGGGGUAAAAUCGUCAUGCAUGGCCUUUAGUGCCGAUCAGCUGGAUGAGAGAAACAAACUUGCAGAGUUUCUUCAAUUGGUACUAUGUUGCAUCAAUGUUUGCAGCUCUAAUCCCUGUAACUUUGAUCGUUUAUAUUCAAGAUAAUUUAGGGUGGAAAAUGGGUUUUGGGGUACCUAUAAUGCUGAUGUUCCUUUCAGCUAUUUCGUUCUUCUUGGCAUCUUCAUUUUACAUCAAGUUGAAAGCUAGGGCAAGCUUGCUCACUGGUUUGGCUCAAGUUGUAGUGGCCUCUUUAAGAAAGAGGCACAUUGAAGUGCUAAGUGAAGUUUACCAUAUCAGAGAGAGAUCGAUGCUUCAAGUGCUAAGUGAAAAAAUAAGGUACUAGCAUCAUAAUAUACAUUGUCUAUUUUAACUUAAUCAUCCUUGUAUAUUGUAUCUUCUUUGUAAUCUGUCCAGGUUUCUGAAUAAAGCUUGCAUGAUAAAAAAUCCCCAAGAGGACUUAACCUAGAAUGGAACUGCUUCAAACCCAUGGAGUCUUUGUACAAUAGAUCAAGUGGAGGAUCUAAAAGCAUUGAUCGGAGUGAUGCCGCUUUGCUUCGCCGGAAUCAUGCUGUCCAUAACCGUUAAUCAAGGUCAAUUUAUGGACCGGAUAGCUCUUCCUUUAGCUUCAAAGAUUAAAGGCAAACCAGUUUGUCUCGGUUUAAAACAAAGAAUGGGGAUCGGUCUUCUUUGCUCUUGUGCAUCCAUGGUAUCCUCAGCAUGUAGAGUGUGUACUCGGCGGAAAAUGGCAAUCGAAGAAGGACUUUCCGAUGAACCGCAAGCCGUUGUGCAAAUGUCUGCACUAUGGAUACUGUCGUUUUAUGUUCUAGCUGGCUUGGCUGAGGCUUUCAGUGGAAUUGGACAGAUCGAAUUCUGUUACUCCGAAUUACCGAAAACCAUGUCGACCAUUGCGGCCAAAGUUAACGGAUUCGGAGCCGUCAUUGGGAACCUGGUGGCAAGUUUAAUAAUAAGCUUGGUUGACAAUGUUACUAAAAGGGGAGGGGAAAGUUGGGUUUCAAGCAAUAUGAAUAAAGGGCAUUAUGAUUACUAUUAUUGACUUCUUGCUGGCUUGAGCAUGCUUAAUUUUAUGUACUUUCUGGUUUGCUGCAAAGCUUACGGUCCUUGCCAUGGAGAUAGGCAUAGGAGAUCAUGAGAGUAUAGAUCAAAGUUGAGUUUCUCGUAAUAUACGAGCACUUCAGUUAGAUAUGUGUGAUGUCGAACGAACAUCUUAUUGAAAAUAAAAAAUAAAGCUUCACGAAUUGUUGAAAAACGUUGAAUUUUUUUAAUUUAAGAAAAAUACAGGAUCGUAUUGA